UUGGAACGCUCGCGCACAGAGGGCUCGCGGCAGAUUGUGUGAGAGCGGAGCACAGCAUCCACAGCUCGUUAAGGUUGACUGACCUGCAGCUUACUCUUACAAUGGCAGCCUCUGAAGACAUCCAGGUUAAGGAGCUCGACAAGAGAGCCUCAGGCCAAGCCUUUGAGGUCAUCCUUGCCUCUCCUGCCCCAGACGCCAACUUCCCGCUGUCUCCUCCAAAGGCGAAGGACGUGUCACUGGAGGAAAUUCAGAGGAAGCUGGAUGCUGCAGAGGAGAGACGCAAGAACCAUGAAGCCGAGGUUCUGAAGCACUUAGCUGAGAAGCGCGAGCAUGAAAAGGAGGUGCUACAGAAAGCUAUGGAGGAGAACAACAACUUCAGCAAGAUGGCAGAGGAGAAGCUCAAUCAGAAGAUGGAGGCCAACAAAGAGAACCGCACAGCACUAAUGGCAGCCAUGAACGAGAAGUUCAAGGAGAAGGAUAAGAAGUUGGAAGAGGUGCGAAAGAACAAGGAAACCAAAGAGGGCACUUCGGAAGACUGAAAGUUACCAACGGGGGAUUGUACAGGGUUUUUUACGUAUCCAAAGAUUGAUUUAUUUUUUGUUUUGGCCAGUAUUUUUGUUGUGUUCACUACCCACCUUUUUGAAAUAAAUACAAGUUCCACUUUGUGAAUUUUUCAAUUCUCCUGCUAUAAGUGUACUUGCGCUGGUUUUACAUGUGCAUAGUUUCCCCCCCCCCACCUGUUUAGUCUAAUCCAUUUGAUAUGUAGCUUGUCAGUGCAGCUUCUGCCCUUUUUGAAAAUAGCAGUGUGUACUUAUCCCUUUUGAGGAAGCAUGUUUCUAUGCAUAGGUCUUUUAUCCCUGCCUAUUUCAUAGUGAAUCUUGUUCCUGUGAAUCACACCUGUUCUCAGCACUUCCUGUAUAUUUGAAAAUGAAAAAAAAGUAGCACAAUUGGAAUCAAGGCGUCGGCUGUUAUACAUGCAGGUGUUAGUGCGGCUUUGCUACCCAGACUCUGCUAGUUUUGCUCCUGCACAUGUUUCGUGCCGCCGCUGCUUUUAUUCGCUUUUGUAAAAAUAUGGAGUUGUCUAAAAAGCACAUGACUUCUUGCUGUAUAGCUGUGAAAUCAAACAUGUUGGACAUGAAAACGGUUAACAUCAUGAAUAUCAGUGAAUAGGGGUCUACACAUGGAAUGCAAAAGAGCAAUACACUUUGGCAUCUCAAUAGAUACAGUGGCUAGUUGACUUGAACUGUUGUACUAAAACAAAUAAAAAAAAACAUGCAAACACAA